CAGCACUUCUGAUCCAGUGCAACAUUCGGGACGGGAUGGCUGACUCGAGGAAGAGAAAGGCUGUCACAAAGGAUGUCGAGGAAGACGCUGCCAUUGUGUCGGGCGACGAGUUUGACUUUGGCCAGCUAGACGGAGCACUCUCUGACGAUGAUUCUGAGAGUGAUGGUGAAGAAGACGACUUGGGUAGUGCUGGAGAUGACGACAGCGAUGUCGUGUCAACAGACAACCAAUAUGAUGAGAUCUUACAACCGGUGAAGAGCGGCAAGCAUGCGGAGGUCGACAUCACCGUCGCCGGCAAGGAGACUGCAACUUCUGUGGCAGAUGAGGAAGAAAAGCCCAACUACAGAGUUGUCAAAGAUGCCAAUGGCAACGACCGAUUCAUUUACGACGAGAUCGACCCCGGAGAGGACUCUGAAUAUUCGGUACCUGACGACGAGGCCAACACUAUUGGCGACAUUCCCCUAUCCUUUUACGAUUCCUACCCUCACAUCGGCUACAACAUCAAUGGAAAGAAGAUCAUGAGACCGGCUAGAGGAGAGGCUUUGGAUGCCUUGCUCGACAGCAUAGAGAUGCCCAAAGGAUGGACCGGGCUGACAGACCCAUCAACAGGCAAACCGCUAGAGCUUACGCGGGAGGAGCUUCAGUUGUUGAAAAAGGUGCAGAUGAAUGAGAUACCAGAGGAUGGUUAUGAUCCGUACGAGCCCACGGUCGAAUGGUUCACAAGCAAAACCGAGACUAUGCCGUUGAGUGCAGCGCCAGAGCCCAAGAGACGGUUUGUUCCUUCCAAACACGAAGCCAAACGUGUCAUGAAGAUCGUGCGAGCCAUCAGGGAAGGUCGUAUCCUUCCAUACAAGCCUCCCCAAGAUGAUGAGGGUGAAACUGAGGGCGUUCAAAACUACGAUAUCUGGGCAGACGAACAGCCCAGACCCGACCAUGCAAUGCACAUGCCAGCACCUAAACUUCCACCACCUGGCUUCGAUGAAAGCUACCAUCCCCCGCCAGAGUACUUGCCAGACAGGAAAGAAAAAGAAGCUUGGGAGAAGGCUGACGACGAGGACCGAGAGAAAGACUAUUUGCCGACGGACUACGCCUCCUUGCGAAGAGUCCCUGGGUAUGAACGUUUCGUCAAAGAGAAGUUUGACCGCUGUCUGGAUCUUUACCUCGCUCCUCGUGUUCGUCGCACGAAACUGAACAUAGACCCCGAAUCUCUGCUACCCAAACUACCCAACCCCGACGAACUACGUCCGUUCCCAACACAUGAAGCUGGCCGAUUUCGUGGUCACGAAGGCAGAGUCCGCUCUGUGGCCAUUGAUCCUUCUGGGCAAUAUCUUGCGACUGGAGGUGACGAUGGAACAGUCCGGGUUUGGUUGCUCGAGCCACAGAGGGAGAUCUGGUCCGUCACUCUAUCGACCGAUUCUGCUGUGAACGUGGUCCGCUGGCGGCCGGGUAAAGACGCCACGGUGUUGGCCGCAGCGGCUGGAGACGACAUCUACCUCUGCGUCCCACAUCUUGGACCCGAACACAAUCCUGAAAUCGAGACAGCUCAAGCGAUACUCGAUGCGGGAUGGGGCUACGCCAAGUCGGACAAUGCUGCUACCAAAACUUCAACGAUUAAAUGGAGCAGGCCAGCUGCCAGUCAACGCGAUAAAGGCGUCGCCGUCGUCAUUCAUCUUGGCCACACGGCAAAGACUCUUUCCUUCCACUCUGCUGGCAAUCAUUUCGUCACCAUCAGUCCUGCUACCACCGUUCCAGCCUCCCAAGCCAUUGCUAUCCACACCAUUAGCAAGCAUCAGACGCAACUGCCAUUCCGGAAGCGAUUGCGAGGUGGAGGGACUCCUCAAGUGGCACACUUUCACCCUACGAGGCCCAUACUAUUCGUUGCCAACCAACGGGUGAUUCGAUCGUACGACCUCUCCAAACAGUCGUUGCUGAAGAUUGUUCAACCGGGUGCCAGGUGGAUUAGUAGUUUUGACAUUCACCCUACGAGCUCUUCGACAGCAGGAUCGGACAAUCUCAUUGUGGGCUCCUACGACAGGCGACUUUUGUGGAUGGACCUGGAUCUAUCUGCACGGCCAUACAAGACUUUGCGUUUCCAUGAGAAGGCGAUCAGGACUGUCCGAUUUCAUCCUGCAACAAACCGGUAUCCUUUGUUUGCAGAUGGCAGUGAUGACGGAAGCAUACAGAUCUUCCACGGUCAAGUUACGAGCGACCUCAUGAGCAAUGCGCAGAUUGUUCCUCUGAAGGUGUUGCGCGGUCACAAGAUCGCUGGGGGUUUGGGUGUCCUGGACCUAGAUUGGCACCCUCAGCACCCUUGGCUGGUCAGCGCCGGCGGGGAUGGCACUUGUAGGCUUUGGGUUUCAUAAAUCAUGACAGCCGUAUGUAUUGAAUGACGGAUCUGAAAUCGUAC